AAUUGGUUGGCCUUUUUGGUGUCCUGGGCGGUGUUUUCCCGGCGCGUGACCAUCUACUACCAUGGCCGGGCCAGGGGCUGCUUUCCGUCGCUUGGGUGCCUUGUCUGGAGCCGGGGCCUUAGGCUUGGCCACCUACGGGGCGCACGGCGCCCAGUUUCCAGAUGCCUAUGGGAAGGAGCUCUUUGACAAGGCCAACAAACACCACUUCUUACACAGCCUGGCCCUGUUAGCGGUGCCCAACUGCAGAAAGCCCCUCUGGGCCGGAUUACUGCUAGCCUCUGGAACCACCUUAUUCUGCACCAGCUUUUACUACCAGGCUCUGAGUGGAGACCUCAGCAUCCAGACUUUGGCCCCUGCAGGAGGGAGCCUUCUACUCUUGGGCUGGCUUGCCUUGGCUCUUUGAACUUCCUUGUUUGAUUUCUGGGUACUGUUUUGAGAAUUGGAGCAGGAAGGGAAUUAAAAGAGAAAGGCAAGUAAA